AUGGACCAAAUGUCAGCUGCGAAUAAAUCAGAUGAAACAAUAGUGUGUUAUGCACCAAAUAUGAUUACCACAAAUGGAGUUUGGCAGGGGGAUAAUCCUUUGGAUUACUCUCUUCCUCUCUUCAUUUUGCAGUUGUCAAUGGUGGUCGUCACCACCCGCAUUCUCGUUUUCAUUCUGAAACCCUUUCGCCAGCCUCGUGUGAUCUCGGAGAUUGUUGGAGGAAUAAUACUGGGGCCAUCAAUACUUGGAAGAAAUACUGCAUUUGCGAACGCAGUCUUCCCUUUAAGAAGUGUAAUGGUGCUUGAGACAAUGGCAAAUGUUGGCCUUCUUUACUUUCUCUUCCUGGUUGGAGUGGAGAUGGACAUGUCUGUAAUCCGUCGCACCGGUAAAAAGGCAUUGGCCUUGGCUGUGGCCGGCAUGGUCUUGCCUUUCCUUAUUGGUGCUGGCUUCUCAAUCCUUCUGCACAAUAAAGCACAUCAGAUGAGUCUAGGAACUUUCAUACUUUUCCUUGGAGUUGCCCUUUCUGUCACUGCUUUUCCCGUGCUCGCAAGAAUUCUUGCAGAGCUCAAACUUAUCAACACGGAGCUUGGCAGGAUUGCCCUGUCUUCAGCUCUUGUCAAUGACAUGUGUGCUUGGAUUCUCUUAGCUUUCGCCAUUGCCUUAGGAGAGAACGAAAGUACUUCCUUAUCGUCCCUCUGGGUGAUACUCUCGGGUGUAGCUUUUGUUAUCUUCUGCAUAUUUAUUGUUCGACCUGCCAUCUCCUGGAUGAUUCGGAGAACCCCAGAGGGCGAAACAUUCAGUGAAUUCUACAUAUGUCUCAUUCUCACAGGGGUUAUGAUAGCAGGUUUCAUCACAGAUGCCAUCGGGACACAUUCUGUUUUUGGAGCUUUUGUAUUUGGCUUGGUGAUUCCGAAUGGACCACUAGGACUUACUCUCAUAGAAAAGCUCGAAGACUUUGUGUCAGGGCUUCUUCUCCCUCUCUUCUUUGCUAUCAGCGGACUCAAGACUGAUAUUGGAGCCAUCCAAGGAACUUUUACCUGGGGAAUCCUAGUUCUUGUAAUCAUUCUAGCUUGUGCUGGAAAAAUUGUCGGUACUCUCUUUGUUGCAACCAUUUACCAGAUGCCAGCUCGCGAAGGAGUUACUCUUGGCCUGCUCAUGAACACGAAAGGAUUAGUCGAAAUGAUUGUCCUCAAUGUUGGGAAGGACCAGAAGGUAUUAGACGAUGAGUCAUUUGCAAUUAUGGUUGUUGUAGCUGUGAUUAUGACAGCAAUAAUCACACCUAUUGUAACAACAAUUUACAAGCCAGCAAGGAGAUUCUUACCAUACAAACGGCGAACAAUCCAAAGAUCAAAACCAGAUUCAGAAUUGAGGCUACUGGUGUGUAUCCAUACUCCUCGAAAUGUUCCAACGAUAAUCAACCUUCUUGAAGCAUCACACCCCACAAAAAAAUCCCCAAUAUGUGUCUAUGUGCUUCAUCUUGUCGAACUUACAGGCCGUGCAUCUGCCAUGCUCAUAGUGCACAAUACCAGGAAAUCUGGUAGGCCAGCCCUGAACCGAACACAAGCUCAAUCGGAUCACAUAAUCAAUGCCUUCGAAAACUAUGAGCAGCAUGCUGGUUGUGUCUCUGUUCAGCCCCUAACAGCCAUUUCCCCUUACUCCACUAUGCAUGAAGAUAUCUGCAACUUGGCAGAGGACAAACGUGUAGCCCUCAUAAUCAUCCCCUUCCACAAACACCAAACAGUUGAUGGAGGAAUGGAAGCCACUAACCCAGCAUUUCGUAUGGUCAACCAGAAUCUACUAGCAAAUUCACCUUGCUCGGUUGGGAUUCUUGUAGACAGAGGCUUAAACGGGUCUACACGGUUGGCUGCAAAUCAAGUGUCUCACCACAUUGCCAUGCUCUACUUUGGAGGCCCGGAUGACAGAGAGGCCCUAGCCUAUGCAUGGAGAAUGUCCGAGCAUCCAGGAAUUAGUCUUACCGUGAUGAGAUUUAUUCCAGGAGAGGAUGCAAUUGGUCCAGUAGCACAGCCUAGUUCUGAUCUGAACAAUCCUGAAAGACUGACCGUGGAAACCGACAAUGACAAGGAGAAGCAGCUUGAUGAAGAGUUUAUAAACGACUUCAGGAUAAAGAAUGUAAAUGAUGAAUCAAUUGUUUAUACUGAGAAGGUGGCAAACAAUGGAGAGGAGACAGUGGCAGCAAUAAGGUCAAUGGACACAGCUCAUGACUUGUUCAUAGUGGGGAGAGGACAAGGAAUGACAUCACCAUUAACGGCUGGACUUACUGACUGGAGUGAGUGCCCAGAGCUUGGUGCAAUUGGGGAUUUGCUUGCAUCAUCUGAUUUUGCAGCAACAGUCUCAGUGCUGGUUGUGCAACAGUACGUUGGAAUAGGACCAUUAAAUGAGGGGAUCGGAACACCUGACAGCCCUGGUCAGGCAGAGGACCAAUUCGGCAAUGUAUCACUAACACCCAAAGGGCAACCCAUGUAUAACGCACCACAUUAAGCACCAUCAUUAAUGAUGACUC